AUGAGGGAGAUAAUCCAGGGACCCGGUGCCUCAGAUGCUUGGAACAAGUGCUGGGAGGGAGACAUCACGCCAUGGGAUCUGGGGCAGCCAACGCCUGCAGUGACCAAACUCGUGCAGUCAAACACUCUUGCUAGCCAUGGCCGUGUCCUUGUCCCCGGAUGCGGUGGGGGUCAUGAUGUUGUUGAAUUCUCCACCCCUGAUCGCUAUGUCGUUGGUUUGGAUGUAUCUGGGACUGCCCUUAAGAAAGCAAAAGAGCUGUACUCAUCGGCUCCCAAUGCUGAAUUCUUUGAAUUUGUCAAGGCAGAUUUCUUCAAUUGGGUUCCCACAGAAUCCUUUGAUAUUAUCUUUGACUACGUGUUUUUCUGUGCUGUGCAUCCAUCUCUGCGGUCAGCAUGGGCAAAGAGGAUGGAUUACUACCUGAAGCCGGAAGGAGAGCUCAUUACUCUCAUGUACCUGGUACAUAAUACAUAUACAGUGCCUUAG